GACGUCAUUUCCGCCCGGGCCUGGCCUGGGUUCGGCUCCGCGGGCCGAGGGGGAACGGAGGUGGCAGCUGUGGGAGGAGGCGGCGCGGGAGGCCGAAGAGCUCCAUCCCAGACCAAUCUACGCGUUCCGGGCCACGACCCUGAUCCUGCAGCGCACUGAGAAGCGAAGCUGGCCGGAUGGGCCGCUGAACCCCAGUCGGGGACCGUGUGGAGCCCCCUGGAGCUAAGAUCAGGAUGUUCCGCUUCAUGAGGGAUGCGGAGCCUGAGGAUCCCAUGUUUCUGAUGGACCCUUUUGCUGUUCACCGUCAGCAUAUGAACCGUAUGUUGUCAGGUGGCUUUGGAUAUAGCCCCUUCCUCAGCAUCACAGAUGGCAACAUGCCAGGGACCAGGCCUGCCAGCCGCAGAAUGCAGGUAAUUACUGACUUUGCCUUCUUGUCUCUGUUUUCCUUCUCUUUCCUCAAGUCUGGUGGCUUCAUGGACAUGUUUGGGAUGAUGAACGACAUGAUUGGGAACAUGGAACACAUGACAGCUGGGGGCAAUUGCCAGACGUUCUCAUCCUCCACUGUCAUCUCCUACUCUAAUACGGGUGAUGGUGCCCCCAAGGUCUACCAAGAGACAUCAGAGAUGCGCUCAGCACCAGGCGGGAUCCGGGAGACUCGGAGGACUGUUCGGGAUUCAGACAGUGGACUAGAACAAAUGUCCAUUGGGCAUCACAUCCGAGACAGGGCCCACAUCCUCCAGCGCUCACGAAACCACCGCACGGGGGACCAGGAGGAGCGGCAGGACUAUAUUAACCUGGAUGAGAGUGAGGCUGCAGCAUUCGACGACGAGUGGCGGAGGGAAACAUCCCGAUUCCGGCAGCAGCGCCCCCUGGAAUUUCGAAGGCAUGAGGCGGCGGGGGGUGGGGGACGAAGAGCUGAGGGGCCUCCCCGCUUGGCCAUACAGGGACCUGAGGAGUCCCCCUCCAGACAGUCCCGCCGCUAUGACUGGUGAGGGCCCUUGGCCCUUAGCCUCUCUUGUACAGGCUGAGAGGCUGAGAAAUCAUCCCCUGAAAAUAAGUUUUUCCUCUCCAACUCCCACCCCCAAUUUAAUAUUAAAUUAACAGGCCAGCUGGCCCCCACCUCUCCCUGGAGGUCUCAGGGAGAACUUUUCACUGCCCCCUUUGCCUACAUUUUCCUUCUUUAAUCCCCUUACCAUGAUGAACUCCACUUCUCCUGUAUCCACUAACUGGAUUUUUCAUUUUGCUGCUCCAUCUUUGAACCUCUUCACCUUGCCCAUUCUACCCCUGCCAUGCAUUGAAGGACCUUUGGGGUGAGCUCUGGGUUUAUAGGCCCUCUCCAUCCCUCAGCUACCCCAGAUGUUUCUGUACCUCUUCCCCUGAGGGGCUGUAGCCCUGUCCUGGGCUGUUGAGGGAGCUAACUGGUUCCUGCCUCCUCCUCUCCUGCAAUCCCCACCCAGACAUGUCACAAAAAUCUUCCCUGUACCCUCCUCUGCCUUUAUUUUUUGAUUUGUGCAACUUGUAACUAGGUGUUUAUGGAAUAAAGGAGAAUGGAAAAAAAACCAAA